ACACAUGCAUGCGCUCAGUUACUCGAGCUGUCGGUAAUAACUGAAUGACCUUAUCGCCGUCGUGUAAUGUCUCACUGGUGAGGGAUUGGGUUUGAAGAUAAUAAAGCUAGGCUUCACUAUUCCUCGUCUCUCAGUCACUGAUGGGUAAGUUGGACUGAGCCCCUCAGAAUACCUAAUAUAAGACGGCUCAGCGGUGGAUGGAGGAACACCUGUAGCUUUGUUGCCAACAUCUGAUCGCACAUGAUCCAUGUGGACCUCAUUAUUUUCAACCUGAAGAUCACUCCAAUCCGUCGCGCAAUGUCAGUUUCGUGAACUUUUGCACAGAGGGGAUAUAGCUGGAGUCUGCUCCGUGGUGCCCGUUUCGAACUUAGCCUUCUGCGUAACUUGUUUUAGAAAGGUAUACAAAUGCUCUCCGUCCAGCCGGACACCAAGCCAAAGGGCUGUGCCGGCUGCAACCGGAAGAUCAAGGACCGCUACUUGCUGAAGGCCCUUGAUAAGUACUGGCACGAGGACUGUCUCAAGUGUGCCUGCUGUGACUGCCGGCUGGGCGAGGUGGGCUCCACGCUCUACACCAAAGCCAACCUCAUCCUGUGCCGGCGAGACUAUCUACGGUUGUUUGGGGUGACGGGGAAUUGCGCGGCGUGCAGCAAGCUCAUCCCGGCCUUCGAAAUGGUCAUGAGGGCCAAGGAGAAUGUCUACCACCUGGACUGCUUCGCCUGCCAGCUCUGCAAUCAGAGGUUUUGUGUGGGAGACAAGUUCUUCCUGAAGAACAACAUGAUCCUGUGUCAGACGGACUAUGAGGAAGGGUUGAUGAAGGAGGGCUACGCACCACAAGUCCGCUGACCUCCACAGAUGGCGAGAAGGAGGGAGGAGGAGGAGGACUGGAAAAGAAGGGGAGUGGGAGACAGAGAGAGACUGAAGGGCGGAGGUCUUGCAAUCACCCACCAAAAGCACUAAUGCCUCCUCUCCAGCACCAUCUGGCCCCACAUGUAAAUACCCAACCUGCCCACCUUUCUAAGGGACCUCUGCUGUACAGAAUAGCCAUAGAGACCGAGUUUUUUAGGGGGAGGCCUCUAAGAAGUUACCAUGGACUACUUGUAAAAAAUUAAAAAAAAUAAAAGAAGAAAAAAAAAAACGACAACAACAAACAAAAAAUAGUUGCAUUUGUUGGUUUUUGUGUUCUGAUGAAUGCUGCCUCUCCGCCUGCCGCUAAACGCAGGCCCGACAAAGCUGUCCGCCACAACUUCAGACUAUGUGGCAUCUCCCAUCUCCUGCAGUAACACUGAAUCACAGAGGCCCCCCUUCCCAAAUCCUAACAAUUACCGUCCCAUUCCCUCAAGAGGGGGUCACGGUCGAAACAAUCAUGGUGGCCAUGGCCGAGAACCACCUGACUCCCCAGGCAGGGGGACAGACAGCGUCCGUGUGUGAGCGUCACACCUCAGGCUGUGGAGAGAUUUUUAUUUUAUUUUACCCAAAGUAUCAAUUCUGUCAUAAUCCCAAUGUACCACUUCAGCCCUGCUCUGACUUGAUUUACAGACACUCUCCUAAGAGCACUGGAUGUGGGUCUGGGA